GGGGGGGGGGGGGGGGAGGGGAACCUGCCUCAUCGACCGGGCCACAUCCCCUGGGCCACGAUGCCAACUAGCUAGAGUGCCAGCAGGAGAUGCCUUGCCUCCCGGCUCGGACGCGCGCUCGGUACUGGCACCCUUCGCCCAAGCCACGGGGACUCUCCGGUCCGGACCGGGGGCUGCAUGCGCUCUACUCCGGCCUUUUGGGUCUUCGGGUUUUGUUUUUGUUUUUUUUUUCCCGGCAAACCUCGUCUCCGCCCAUCCUAGCCGAUCCGCGAGUCCUCGCCCCCUCCAGGCGACAGUGCGCCUAGGCGGAGGGGCGAGGGGAGGAACGGGAGGGGAGAGCAAGAGAGAGAGAGAGAUGUGCCAAACGUAGACGCGCAAAGGGAGGAGCGAGGGCAGCAGCCUGCCGGCCGGCAGGUCGGACCUACGAAACAUUGGGGGGAGAUGUGCCAAGUCCAAAGACGCAUGCCCGAGCAAUGGACACAAGGUGUGGACCAGGGGAAGCGAGCGGAGUUGGCGAAGUCCCGCCCUGCCCUCCCCCCCCUGCCGAGGGGAUCGUGUACUGCUUGCAUCUCUUCCCGGCCGGCUCUUCUGACAAUCCUACGGGCCACCUUUGCCACCUUCGAGCCUCGGCCCGCUCUCCGGCCACUCUCUCCCACCUUCGCAGGUGGGCGCCCGCUUCCCGGGGUGCGGACAUUACUAGGGUGACGGGGAGCCCAUUCGGGACACAGAGGGAGGAGGAGGAGGAGGAGAAGAGGGAUGAUGGUGGUGAUGGUGAUGGAGAAGAGGGGAAGAGCGAGGGAGGGUGUCCGCCGGGCAACCGGGCACAGCCAUCAGCGGAAGCGGCAUCGCUACAAGGAGAACCUUUACCUCCCGUCCAGGGGGAGGCAGCACCGACGACCACACACAUGGGGACCACGGCCGCUCGGGGCGUUGCAUUUGAACUCGAGGCACCGGAGGGGAAGAGGCACUAGCCCUCCUGUCGCACGGAGGCACCAAGCCCGAGCCAUUAGCCAUUCCACACACAAGGACCCGGCAUGCAAUGCCACCAGCACCAGGGUCACCCUUUCAGACACUCACACGCGAGAAGGGGCCGGCAUAAGCGGCACCAGUCGAUCAGGCGGGCGGUUGUCAAACAGCCCCGGGGCGCCUUCCAGCCUUCCAGCCAAUCGCAUGGGCGGAUGUCUCACUCAGGCGCGUGCCCUGUGCAUCCCGGCGAGACCGCAAUCUCCCUUUAGGUCACCGCCAAACGGCCAAUCAGAACUACACAAGCGGAGCCACUCCCGCCUGCGGCACUCCCAUCCAGAAGGACAUAACGGCCACACUGUUGCGCACGCGCGACAGCCGAGACGCUCUGUGCUCCAAACUUACAGCCCAUUCACUGGGCAGGCCCUGGUCUCCAUGGCUCCUUGCCUGCGGUGUGCCGCUCAUGCACACGCGCACAAAGGCAGAGAGCAGUCUCAUGCGAUUUUUCGAUCUCGACACCAUCAUCCCGGGCGGGGACGCAAGAGUGGCCCCCUCUCGCAAUGGACUUCGCUCUUGGACAACAUCAAAUAUGAACACACACAUACACAUACACACACACAGCUUGGGAGCACAGGUGGCGAAAUGACCGGUCACUGACAUCCUGGAUGGGGAGGCAAAGCAGUGGGAGUAGCACAGCGCAAUUGGAGGAGAGGCUGAGGGCACCCGCGAGCUGGACAGUUCCUCCCGUCUGAUUUUCGGUCGCCGGCCGAUCCUCAAGCAUGGAAGAGCAGACAAUCUCGAAGGCAGCCAGACACACAAAACACUGAGAGAGCGGAGCCCGACCAUACACCACCCAUGGAACAGACAGGCACACUCAGACAAGCACAGACAAAUUGGCACACAGACACAGACACACAUGGGUGGGCAGGCGCGCAUUCGCUACCCCCUGCAAAAGGACACUCACUAAGUACACACAUACACACGCACACACGCGCACAUUGCUUGCCAGAGAUAGCUGCCUGGUCGAAAGGAGAUCCCGAUGCGGGGCGUGGGGCAUGCCAGCGGAUGGACGGUCGCCACCAGGCGCCUCUCGCCCCCAGUGAGGAGGCGCAGCUGUGUGGCAAGUCGCCCAGCUGGCAGAUCACUCAUCUGGGAGCUUCGAGGCAGGCAAAACAAGCUGGCGUUUCCAGGGGAGGAAACGCAAUGUCUGCGAAAGGCCACCCCCACAUGCACAUCGCCCGUGGCCUCAUCCUCGUCCUCCUCUUCCGCGAGGACAGAGGGUCGACAGUGGUGUCGCACCCUGUGGAACGGGCAACCUGGAGAGGGCACACACACAUUGGGGGGAGAGAGAGAGAAUCGACCCCUUGAAGGCGGUCGCCCGCCCGCGGGUGCGAGAACACACGCAUUUGCUCGCACACGCGCACGCCUACACGCCUACACGCCUACACGCACACGUACAGAUCCACCUCAUUCGGCCCGGAGGAUGUCUCCAGCCGGCCACACUCACCCAUCAAGGGACACCGGCAAGCCACCGGAGGGAGCAAGAGAUGGAGAGGGCCUCACACAGCAGCGGCUCCUUGGGCAGACCUGCGGUGCCGCCGGGGCAGGGCGAAGAGCUCAUUCCCGGCAGGUGGAGGUCAAGCGAGGACACGCUGAGGGGGCUCCAGGCCGCCGCUUGCUCUCACGCCGGUGCAGGGCCCAAAGGGUAGAGUGCGCCGAGGGAGCCGACCGAGCGUGCCAGCGCACGUUAAGGGACAUGUAUGUGUGCAUGUGUGCAUGUGUGUGUGUGUGU